CGGAAUGAUCUUUUUUACUAUAAAUAGCUUGUGGCCCUAAAUGCUACGUAACUAACUCCAAAUUAAUCACAAAAUCAAGUUUCUAGCACCUUCGAGAGACUAAACGAUGUCGUCCACUGUAGAAGCCAAAAACCUCAACGCUGCCGUUGAGAAACCGGUGAAGGAGAAGAAGGCUAAAGUUCCGAAAGAGAAGAAGGCGAAAACUGCUAAAACUGCUUCUCAUCCUCCUUAUUUUCAGAUGAUCAAAGAAGCUCUGCUAGCUCUGAACGAGAAAGGCGGAUCAAGCCCCCACGCAAUCGGAAAAUACUUGGAAGACAAACACAAAGCAGUACUUCCAGCCAAUUUCAGGAAAACGCUAGCACUGCAGUUGAAGAACUCUGCUUCAAAAGGCAAACUUAUCAAAGUCAAAGCUUCAUACAAGCUAUCUGACGCCACUAAGAAAUCAAAAUCACCAGCAGCCGGUAAGAAGUCCACCAAGGCAGCAAGAGCCACCGCCACUACCACCGGCGGCCGUAAGAAGGCUACUAAAGCAACUCCGGCGAAGAAGGCUGUUAAAGCUGUGAAAACAACUCCGAUGAAGAAGACUAAGAAGAUGACUCCGGCGAAAGCGAAACAGCCGAAGUCGAUCAGGUCACCGGCUGCUAAGAGGGCUAAGAAGGCGAGUGUUUAAGUUUGUUGACGGCUUAAGUUUGUGAAGACAGUAGUAGUUAUUAGUUAGUAUGUAUAUGAUGCUGCUUUCUUUUAGUUGGUGUGUUUUGUGUAAGUGGUUCUGUGUGACGUUUAAUGGAUGUUUUGUUUAGAAAUACAAGAACAUGUGUUAUGGAACUUUUUUGUGAACGUGAUUAAGAAGAUGAUGGUUAUCUGAA